GCAUGCGCGGCGCGGCGCCCGGGGCGUCGCAGGGAAACUUGUGCCUUCGGCUGCGGCGGGACCCGCGGACAUGGCGGCGGCGGCGCUGGCGCGGCUCGCCACGGCCCUUCUGCUCCUCGAGGCCCAGGUGGCCUGUGAGUAUGGCAUGGUGCACGUGCUCUCGGAGAGCGGGACCCCCCGAGGCAAGGACUACUGCAUUCUGUACAACCCGCAGUGGGCCCACCUGCCGCAGGACCUCGGCAAGGCCGUGAGUGUCUGCUCCCGACUUGCUCUGGCUGCGUGGCUGUGCUUCCUGCCCAGCCUACGGGAAAGGCCCGAGUCGCCACAGGCAGGAGGCCGGCCUGGGCAGGGGCCCCCGGCCAGCGGAGCCUGGUCUCUCCUGCAGCUGCGCAACUGGACGGCCUCGCUGCUCUGCUCCCCCAGCGACCUCCCCGCCAGCGGCUUCGGCAACCAGAUCCCCCUGGUGGCCCGCGGGAACUGCACCUUCUACGAGAAGGUGCGGCUGGCCCAGAGCAGCGGGGCUCGCGGUCUGCUCAUCGUCAGCAAGGAGAAGCUGGUUCCCCCCGGAGGCAACAAGACGCAGUAUGAGGAGAUCGGCAUUCCCGUGGCCCUGCUCAGCCACAGAGACAUGCUGGACAUCUUCAGGAGCUUCGGCCAAGCAGCGCGCGUGGCGCUGUACGCCCCCAGCGAGCCAGUGCUGGACUACAACAUGGUCAUCAUCUUCAUCAUGGCCGUGGGCACCGUCGCCGUCGGGGGCUACUGGGCCGGGAGCCGGGACGUGAAGAAAAGGUCCAUGAAGCACAAGCGGGACGAUGGGCCCGAGAAGCAGGAGGACGAGGCGGUGGACGUGACGCCCGUCAUGAUCUGCGUGUUCGUGGUGCUGUGCUGCUGCAUGCUGGUGCUGCUCUACCACCUCUACGACCAGCUGGUCUACGCCAUCAUCGGGAUUUUCUGCCUGGCCUCCUCCACCGGCCUCUACAGCUGCCUGGCGCCCUGCGUGCGCAGGCUGCCCUUCUGCAGGUGCAGGGUCCCCGACAACAGCCUGCCCUACUUCCACAAGCGCCCGCAGGCCCGCAUGCUGCUCCUGGCGCUCUUCUGCAUCGCCGUCAGCGUGGUGUGGGGCGUCUUCCGCAACGAGGACCAGUGGGCUUGGGUCCUGCAGGACGCCCUGGGCGUGGCCUUCUGCCUCUACAUGCUGAAGACCAUCCGCCUCCCCACCUUCAAGGCCUGCACGCUGCUGCUGCUGGUGCUGUUCAUCUACGACGUCUUCUUCGUCUUCGUGACGCCCUUCCUGACCAGGAGUGGGAACAGCAUCAUGGUGGAGGUGGCCACCGGGCCCUCGGACUCAGCCACUCGGGAGAAGCUGCCCAUGGUCCUCAAGGUGCCCAGGCUGAGCGCCUCUCCGCUGGCCCUGUGUGACCGCCCCUUCUCCCUCCUGGGCUUUGGAGACAUCCUGGUGCCAGGUAUUGAGGCUGGGCUGGCCCUCCCUGCGGCGGGGACCCUGGGCCCAGCCCCGGCCCUCAGGGCCGCCCUGGAGCAGUGGGUUGGAGCCUGCAGGGCGGCCACCAGGGUUGGUGAGGCCUGGCACGUGGCCCCGGGCCGCCAGCUGCUGCAGGGAGCCGGGGCGGGUCCUCGCCACCCCCCGCUGGGCCCCCUGCCAUCCAUUCGCCCACCGAGGGGGUGGCAGAGGCCUCGAGGGGCCAUGCCAGGCUGCUGCUGGGCCUGGUGUGCAGCCUGGGCGGCUGCCGAGGCACAUGCCAGGCCCAGGCCCUGCGGGCACCGCACGGUCCCAGUGUCGCCACACGUGGCCGGUCCCCAGGACGGGAGCAGCGGCGCGGCCCUGGGUGAGCGCGGCGUCCCCGCAGGGCUGCUGGUGGCCUACUGCCACAGGUUCGGCCUGCAGGCACAGUCCUCGCGGAUCUACUUCGUGGCCUGCACCGUGGCCUACGGCGUCGGCCUGCUGGUGACAUUCGUGGCGCUGGCGCUCAUGCAGCGUGGCCAGCCUGCCCUCCUCUACCUGGUGCCCUGCACGCUGGUGACGAGCUUCCUGGUGGCGCUGUGGCGUCGCGAGCUGGGUGCCUUCUGGACGGGCAGCGGCUUUGCGAAAGACCUACCUCAGACCCAGUGGGCGCCAGCUCCCGCUGACAGUCCACAGCCUCCAAAGGACUCGGACGCCCCGCUGUCCCCGCAGCCUGCAAGCCAAGAACCAGUCAGGUCCACAGUGCCCCCUGAGCAGCCCCAGGAACCAUCCACACCUGAAGCGACGGAGGCCUCAGCCCCUGCCCAGGAGCCCAGGACCCUGAGCAGCAGCACCCUGGAGUCCGAGGGCCAGACCCAGGCCCAGCCCAGCCCCGCAGCCCAGCCGGGGACCUCGGCCUAGGAGCAGAGGCAAGGACUCCUGGGCCCUGCAGCAUCCACACCUUGCCCAGAUGCUGGGGCUGCCCUGCGCCCGUCCUGGACGAGACCUGCGCCCGGGCCCCUCCCCCACCAUGGUGCUCAGACCCCUCGAGGUCCCCUGGGCCCCGCCUGCUCCGCCCGCAGCUGCACCCUGCGCCCGCCUGCUCCGCCCGCUUGGCCGCCCCACCAGCCGUCUUCCGCGUGGUCCUGCUCUUGGUCCUGGGGGUGCUUGCUCCCUGCCAAGGCCCACCCUGUUUGGUGCUCCUCCCUGCUGCCCGCUGGGGCUCUUUCCUGUAGGACAUCUGCUCUGAGGGGUCCCGAGACCCCUGGACCAGAUGCCAAGAAGCCGUGGCCCCGGGCCUGGAAGCAGCCCCAUCCCUGGGGCUGGAGCCGAGGCCUGAGGUCGGGGGCCUGCGGGGAGGGUCCCGCACUCCCACGCGGUAAUAAAGGCGGCUCUUCCGGAGCUCGGCGGUGUCAGCGGGUGGCAUGGGGUCUGUGCCCCAGUGGAGCAGGGUGGGCGCUGGGCAGCCUGCUGGGCAAGCCCGGGCCCUGAGCUGGGGAGGCGCCCGUUUCCUCCCCACCUGCGUCGUGGGGCAUCUCGGCUCCGCUUCUGGCCCUGGGAGGGCGCACCCCCGCGUGGACCUCUGGAAGGUGCGAGGACGUCCUGGAACUGGCCUCCUGGCCUCUACCUCACCGACCAACGGAGGCCCGAGCUGGAGCCGCCAGGGUGCGGUCCGUGCCCUAGUGUCCCCCUGCACGUCCCGCUUCGGGGCGGCGGGAUGGUCCUGCAGGCUGCGGACACCACCUCUGCCUCCAGGGAGAGAGGACGGUCUUCUUUCUUCCCCGGAGGAAAAGGCCAGCGUCUCUCUUACCCUUUCUGUCCUAAAAAGAGUGGGGUGAGUUAUGGACAUGGAGCUGGACCUUCCCCGUGGACGCUGAGCACCAGGCACAGGACCUGCAGGUCGGGCAACCUGCUUCUGCCGCUCAGACUGCACCAAGCCCCUGGCCUGGGUGUUCUCAGGUGGAGGACCUCGGAGGGGCCCAGGGGCCGGCCUGGGGCUCCACUGUGGCCUGGCCUCUGUUGGACCUGAGGAUUAAAGUCCCUUUUGAUACGC